GGGGGGGAGUGAAAGGAUCGUGCGAGGGCUGGUGAUCGAAGCCCGUAGCGGAGUCAGCAGGAAGAAGUGUGGAGUUUUAGGCAGGGGGGGUGCGGGUACUGUGCGGGCGGCGUUUGGGUGUGCGGAUGGGAAUCAAAGGGUGGUGCUAGGCGGUUUCCCAUAUACCCGACGAGUAGCUACGUCAAAUGCUAACGCAGGCUCAAUGGGGCAGCGAGCGCCGUGUGCGGCAAAUGAGGCGCAUCUGGUGUGGUUGGGAACGCGCAGACCCAUUGAUUUAACCCAAAGCCGGCGCUCCCAGGAAGAUGCCAGCAUGCAGGGAAAACGUUGCGGUGGCCGUGUGAAGGGCAGCCAAGGUACGCCUAAGAUGGAGAAGGAUGGGCGGUUGGUAGUGAGCCCAAACGCUCGGACGCCCUUGUCCUGCCCUUCCCUUGUCUGCCCUUGUCUGCCCUGCCUGCUGCACGCCUGCUGCAUAGCAUUUGCGGCCACGCUAUCAGCAUGCAAGACGGUCCAAAAAAGACCGCGUUGGCAGUGCGCCACACCAGGCAGUGCCCAGAGGCCCGUCUGGGGCUAGAGCAUGCCCCCGGAAACGGUUGGUGGAUAUGUGUGCGCAUGUGUGGGUGCCAAUCUGAGUAUGUGCGCGCUGAUGUGGACUGAGGUGGGCAAGGGCAAGGGCAAAAAAAAAAACAAAAAAACAAAG